AUGAGAACGGACAAACUGCAGCUUAACGAUCUAAGUUUAACUGAAUUUAUCUCUAGAGAAAUAAAGAUUUAUAAUAGAAAUAUUGUGAUUAUUACAAGUGGUGGAACCUAUGUUCCUUUAGAAAGAAACACAGUAAGGUAUAUCGAAAACUUUAGUACAGGUACAAGAGGUGCAUAUUCGGCCGAAUACUUUUUGAAAUCAGGAUUUAGUGUAGUAUUUUUCUAUAGAAAAGGAAGUCACCUACCGUUUACAGUUGAUUGCCCAUCGAAAUAUGACAUCUUGGUGUCAAUAAAAAAUCAUUUUAUUAGUUCAAAUAAAGAUAAUUCCGAUUUCUUAGGGAAUGAACAAUUUAAAAAAGUUAUCGAAGCAUCAAAAAAUCUAAUUAAUUAUUCAGAUAGAAUAUUUUUCAUGGAAUUUGGGUCCGUUCAUGAAUAUUUCAAUGGUAUUGACUAUAUUAUCUCUCAUUGCACAGAAUUUCCUGAUAGUUUUAUAUUUUUUUUGGCAGCUGCAGUCUCGGACUUUUAUAUUCCAGAGAAUCUGUUACCAAAGAACAAAAUUUCAGUUAGCUCAGACGCAUCCUUAGACUUCGAAAACGAACCUAAAACUCCUAGCAUUACAUUGGAGUUAUAUUCAACUCCAAAAUACGCCCAACAUAUUCGAGACAAAUUACCUUAUUGCUUUCUCGUUUUAUUCAAACUUGAGACUGAAUUUGAAACUUUGUUUAAAAAAUCAGAUAUUUUACUGAAAAAGUGUGAUGCUAACGCAAUUUGUGCAAAUUUGUUGCAAGAUCGUAGAGAUAACGUGAUAAUUUUUACUCCGAAUUCAAGGACUGAAAUAAAAAAAACGUCCGAUCCAAUUGAAGAGGCAAUUGUUUCCAAUAUAAUAUCACUAUACAAGAAAUACCUUGUAAAUAAAAAACGAGAAUGUUGA